AUGGUGCAUUUCCUGCUGCCUGUGCUCUGCCUGAUAAACCAGCUCGGCAGAGAUGUGAGAGUGCAGGGCUCGCCCACCGUCCCCACCCUGCUCGCCUUGAAACACUGUGAGAGACAGAAGUCAGGUUUGAGGGUGCGCUUCCGCCCCUCUCUGUUCCAGCAUGUGGGGCUCCACUCGUCCCUGGCUGGAAAGAUCCAGAAGCUCACUGAUAAGGACUUCCUGAAGCCCCUUCUCCACAAGAUUCAUGUGAACCCGCCAGCCGAGGUCUCCACCUCACUCAAGGUGUACCAGGGCCACACCCUGGAGAAGACCUACCUGGGAGAGGACUUCUUCUGGGCCAUCAACCCCACGGAGGGAGACUACAUACUGCUGCGCUUCGACAGGCCUGUCAGCAUAGACAGGUUCCUGUUCCGCAGCGGGAACCAGGAGCACCCGGGGGACCGCAUAGAGAACACCACCGUCGAGAUCCUGCCUUUCUCGGACAAUGGACUGCAGACCAAAGUGAAAUAUAAGAAAACUGACGAUAAUUUUUACAGAAUCGGUCAGUUCCAGAAGGGCGUGGCGGAGGGCGUGGUUGACCCCUCCUUUAACCCUGUGCUGGCACUGCGCCUCUCCGUCCUGAAAAACUCUGCCGUCUGGGCCAUCGUCAGCGAGAUCCAUAUAAAGAAAAUAGCAGGCUAACUGACCGUGAGGGGGGGGGGGCUACAUCAAUCAAGACCCCCCUCAGGGGGCUGGCGACCCUCACAGACUGACUGUGCACAUGGGCCUCUGGCGCCUAGCAACCUGCAUGACAUCACCAGAACCCCACCGGAGCGCCGAGAGGCUGUUUGUGGGGCUGCCUCGCAAUUCUGUCUUUCACUGGCUCCCUCUUUCUCUCUAUCACUCCGUCUCUCUGCUACCUCUUACUCUCUAUCUCCCUCUCUCUCUUCCUCCC